AGAAAAACAGUAUGGUACAGCAUUUUAAGUACAUUGUGUUGACAAAAAGUAUCGCGCGAAAAAUAUUACAAAUCCUCGAGGAAAUCCUGAAUAUUUUGUGAAUUUUAGCACGAAAUGGACACAGAAGGUACCAGCACGUCGACGGAGAAGGACAGAAUGGCAGCCACUGAAUCUGCAGUCAAUAUCCUUGCCCAGGGCAAGAGGAAUAUGGUGUGUGGGGAAAUCCCAACAGCAGUCAACCAGUUUCAAGAGGCCUGCAGAAUACUUUCCAAGGCCUACGGUGAGACUGCCAAGGAAUGUGCAGACGCUUACUUCUGCUAUGGACAGGCACUGUUGGACCUGGCCCGUAUGGAGAAUGGCGUGCUGGGGAACGCAUUGCAAGGAGUGCCGGACACAGAUGAUGAAAGUGCUGAACAGAAAGAUGAACAGUUUGAGAAAGCUGAUUUAAAGGACGAGGAAAGAGAAAAGCUGAGGAAGGAAGUUUAUGACGCCAUGGGAGAGAAGGAAGAAGAAAAAAAGGAUCGGGAAAAAAAGGAACAUGACAAGAAAGAGACUGGUGAAACAAUGGAGGUAGCAAUGGAUGGGGAAGAUAGGGUAGAUGAUAAAGAUAGAGCCAGAUCCAGAUCUAAGGAUAGAGCAAGAUCCAGAUCUAAGGAUAGAGCCAGAUCCAGCUCUAAGGAUAAGGAUGUCGAAAAAGAAAGGAGAGAUGAGAAAGAAGAUGGAAAAGAUAAAGAUAGGGAGAAGAGAGAUGCCAGCAGGGAGAGAAGAGAUGCCAGCAAGGAGAGAAGAGAUGAAAGCCUAGAGAGAAAAUCAAGGAAAGAUGGACGCAAAGAUAGGGAGAAAAGAGAUGGCAGCACGGAGAAAAGAGAUGACAGCAGGGAGAGAAGAGAUGACAGCAGGGAAAAAAGAGAUGACAGCAGGGAAAAAAGAGAUGACAGCAGGGAAAAAAGAGAUGACAGCAGGGAGAAAAGAGAUGACAGCAGGGAGAAAAGAAGAGAUGACAGCAGGGAGAAAAGAGAUGACAGCAGGGAGAAAAGAGAUGAACAUAAAGAAAGGGAGAGGAGAGAUGGAAGCUUGGAGAGAAGAGAUGAACGCAAAUCAGAUAGGAAAACUGAAGUCAAAGAGGAUGCUGAUAAGAAAGAAGAGGGAGAGCGAACAGAAGAGGAGGGUGAGCGUACAGAGGAGUCAGGUGAUGAAAGAGAGGGUGAGGAUGCUGAGGGGGAGGAGGGCACAGAGGAGGAAGGGGAGGCAACUGAGGAGGAAGCUGUGGCCACAGAGGGUGAGGCAGGGGAGACCACCUCACAGGACGGAUCACAAGAUGGCGAGAACCCUGACGAUGUGUCCAACCUGCAGCUGGCCUGGGAGAUGCUGGAACUGGCCAAGCUGAUCUACAGCAAGGAUGAAAGCAGGGAGGCCAAGUUGAGAGCAGCAGAAUCACAUCUGAAACUUGGCGAAGUCAGUCUGGAAACAGAGCAAUAUGAAGAGGCCAUUAAGGAUCUGAACAGGUGCCUGGAGAUCCAGAAGGAGCUCCUGGAGGCCGACAAUCGGCUGCUUGCUGAGACGUAUUACCAGCUGGGUCUGGCCUACUGCUUCAACAAGAACUUCACUGAGUCCACAGAGAGUUACCGUGCAGCCAUCAAAGUCAUAGAGGACAGAGUGGCCAAUCUCAACAAGGUCCUGGAGGCAGCCACGGAGGAGGAGAGGGAGACCUCGGACUUUGACCACCCGGUGUACAAGGCAAAGAAGGAGAUAGGAGAGUUGAGGGAGAUCCUGCCGGACAUCACCGCCAAGAUUGAGGACGUGGAGGAUGAGAGGAAGAACCUUGGAGACCUGAAGAAUCUCGCCAAGGAGGCCCUGGGUGGACUAAGCUCCAGUUCUGAAGACAGGGAACACAAGGAGGAGAAGCCAAGAGAAGAGGACAGGGAGGUGAAGGCAGCCAGUGACAUCAGCCAUCUCAUCAAGAGAAAGGUACCGCGGAAGUCAGAGGACGUUGAUGACGACACUGCCAAGAAAGCCAAGUCAGAUGAGGACGGCGCUGGAGACACCCCCAAAGAGAACGGACGUAGGGAACAGGAAGAGAAACGAGAGGAGGACAUGGAGACGAGGUCCUGAAGUGAGUUGUUCUGCCAGUUUCCUGGAAAUGUUUUCUUCGUAGACCCUCGGCACCGUCAUGAUUGCUUCACGCAGGACAUUGUGCUCAGAUCAUGUUGGACCAAUAAACCGGAGACGGAAGCCACGUGCAAUGAUUGUAGAACAUUAUUAUUAUGUACAUAUUGAGUCGCUGUAAAUUCUUACCCCGUUCCUUUGAUGAAUGUUUUUCAUUGUUUUCAUGUUCGUUCAGCGAAAUAGAAAAUGUUCCGCAUCA